AUGACAACUUCAGAAGUUUCAUUUAACCGUAAAAUAAUAUCAGAAGAUUUGUCGAAUGUUGAAUUCGACACGAGCGAAGAUGUUGAAGUUAUUCCAACAUUUGAUUCAAUGGGCUUGCGAGAUGAGUUAUUGCGAGGAAUAUACACCUAUGGUUUCGAGAAACCGUCAGCUAUACAGCAAAGAAGUAUUCAGCCAAUUGUUAAAGGCAGAGACGUUAUAGCUCAAGCCCAGUCAGGCACUGGUAAAACUGCAACAUUCUCGAUCUCAAUAUUGCAGUCUUUAGACACCACACUGAGAGAAACCCAAGUGCUUGUGCUAUCCCCUACGAGAGAGUUAGCCACACAAAUUCAGAAAGUUAUACUUGCCCUGGGUGAUUUCAUGAAUGUUCAGUGUCAUGCUUGUAUUGGUGGUACUAAUCUUGGUGAAGACAUAAGAAAAUUGGAUUAUGGUCAACAUGUGGUAUCUGGUACUCCUGGACGGGUAUUUGAUAUGAUUAGGAGACGUGUUCUGCGUACCAGAUCAAUAAAGAUGCUGGUACUUGAUGAAGCUGAUGAAAUGUUGAAUAAGGGCUUCAAGGAACAAAUAUACGAUGUUUACCGUUAUCUGCCACCAGCAACACAAGUUGUGCUCAUCUCUGCAACACUGCCCCAUGAGAUACUUGAAAUGACCUCAAAGUUCAUGACAGAUCCUAUCAGAAUUUUAGUUAAACGUGACGAAUUGACAUUAGAAGGCAUCAAACAAUUCUUUGUGGCAGUUGAAAGAGAGGAAUGGAAAUUUGACACAUUGUGUGACUUGUAUGACACUCUAACCAUAACUCAAGCAGUUAUAUUUUGCAACACUAAAAGGAAGGUUGACUGGCUCACUCAGAAAAUGCAAGAAGCAAACUUUACAGUUAGCUCCAUGCAUGGAGAUAUGCCACAAAAAGAAAGAGACAAUAUAAUGAAAGAGUUUCGUUCUGGACAAAGCCGCGUCCUUAUUACAACAGAUGUAUGGGCCAGGGGAAUUGAUGUGCAACAAGUGUCACUAGUAAUCAAUUAUGACCUUCCAAACAAUCGUGAGCUGUACAUUCAUAGAAUUGGUAGAUCAGGUCGCUUUGGACGUAAAGGUGUUGCAAUUAAUUUUGUAAAAUCAGAUGACAUCAGGAUUCUCAGAGAUAUUGAACAAUACUACUCUACUCAGAUUGAUGAAAUGCCUAUGAAUGUAGCAGAUUUAAUAUAA